CGGUCUACGGGAAGUGGUGCGGGUCAAGAGACUUCAGGGAGAUGGCGGAGGAGGAGGAUGAGUUGCUUGGGGAGAGGUUACUUUUCCUCCCAGAUCGUCAUGUCCGUUACUUCCAGCGGAGCCUCCAAGCUCUCCCGGAGCAGUGCUCGUCACUGGAGACCAGCAGGUUAACUAUCGCAUUUUUUGCUCUGUCUGGACUGGACAUGUUGGACUCGUUGCAUGUUGUGAACAAAGCUGAAAUAAUAGAGUGGAUCUAUUCACUUCAGGUCCUCCCCACUGAAGACAAAUCCAAUCUAGAUCGAUGCGGUUUUCGAGGUUCCUCGUGUUUGGGGUUACCGUUCAAUCCUUCCAAGGGCCAUGGAAUUUACCACCCGUAUGACAGUGGCCACAUAGCGAUGACCUACACUGCUCUCUCCAGCUUGCUGAUACUAGGUGAUGAUCUGAGCCGUGUCAAUAAGGAAGCGUGUCUUGCAGGACUACGUGCUCUCCAGCUUCCUGAUGGAAGUUUUUGUGCGGUGCCGGAGGGAAGCGAGAAUGACAUGAGGUUUGUGUACUGCGCUUCAUGCAUUUGUUAUAUGCUCAACGACUGGUCCGGGAUGGAUAUGGAGAAGUCAAUAGAAUACAUUAGAAGAAGUAUGUCAUACGAGAAUGCACUGGGGCAAGGAGCUGGACUAGAAGCUCACGGUGGGUCAACAUUUUGUGGCGUUGCUUCUCUGUGUCUGAUGGGAAAACUUGAAGAUAUAUUUUCUGUAAAAGAACUCGACCGAAUAAGAAGAUGGUGCAUCAUGAGGCAACAGAAUGGCUUCCAUGGGCGACCUAACAAACCAGUUGACACCUGCUAUUCCUUCUGGGUGGGAGCAACUUUGACGCUGCUAGACAUCUUCAAGUACACAAAUUUUGAGAAAAACAGAAAUUUUAUUUUAUCUACUCAAGACCGUCUAGUUGGUGGUUUUGCUAAGUGGCCAGAUAGCCAUCCAGAUGCCUUGCAUGCAUACUUUGGAAUCUGCGGCCUUUCAUUGAUGGGGGAAUCCGGUAUUAAUGAAGUACACCCAGCACUGAAUGUAAGCUUAACAACGUACAAACAUCUCCAGCAGCUCCAGGACUCCUGGAAAGCCAAGAACUAUGAAACGAGUUCAAAUCAUCUGCACCCCACUACUUGACUGACCACCAACAUCACCUUAAGUUGGAGAUUCAUAGCCCCACUUCUAAGCCAUGUAUCAACCAAGCGUGCUUUUUUGUACUGGAGUCAUACGAUCAAAGUGUUCAUUGGUUAGUAGCGCUACUUUGUACAACAGGCUUCAACCACUUCUCCUGUACCUCAAUAAAAAUAUAUAUUUUA